AUGGUCAACCACAACACUCGGUCUGUGAGUCCACAGAGCAUACCGAGAUCGGAGUCUCUGCAACUUUCCUUGAAGAGAGGAUUGCGAUCCGCCUUUGGUAAUAUUAUCGAUAAAUUUCGAUGGAAACUGAACGAGAAUCAUGAUUCCGACGCUAAAAAUAAUGCUACUUUUGAAACUGAGGCUGCCAUGAACGACGAAUUACAAAACAAUUUCACUUCAGUAAAGAAAAGGCGACUUUCCUACUUGCCAAGAGAUCCUCCUGGAAACGUUCCGAGAUCUAAGACUCUUGGAAGUAAUAAAGGCAUAUACCAAACGUAUUACGAUUCAAUCCAAACUUUGAAUGAUGAAAAAAGUAACGAUUUGGAAAAGAGAGUAAGCGAUGUUAAUGACGGAGUCUCUGUUCCAGAAGAUGACUUUAGGGAUCCAUCGCCGGGUGCACUUCCUACCUCGCAACUUGGUCCCAUUUCCCGCAACCAAUCCAUAGUUGAAGAAGGUCAACUAGUCAACUUUAGUUACCAUGAUGAAGACGAGCAAUCUCCUCGCGGAGAGUUGGCUCCCCUUGUUAUCGAGCAUGAAUUUGCCCCAAUGUAUCACGACUCAGAAGGUAACAUUGCCCGCCCUGCAUUCAUAAAUAUUGACCCUCGCGAAAGAUACCACUUGAUCCAACUUAAGAGGUCAAUAGAAGCAUCCGAAGCCCUUCAGCGACGGCUAAAGUACAUGGUGGAUCCGAAGGAAACGGUUUCCAGAGCUGUGGACGCGACAAAGGUAGAGACGUCUACACAAACUCACGACUCUUCGUUCUUGGAGACUACAUUGACGAUGAAGAACAGAAAAAAGAGAGCCAUAUCUACACUGACUCAAAACUCCACCAAAAAGAGAAGAACUGUGAAUUCGCGCGGCUUUUUCUCUGGUGAUUUUCUGUAUGAUGUUGAUACCAAGGUGCCUGGCAAGGCAGAAUCAUUAAAUGGGUAUCUUGGUUCUCUCAGUAAAGUCAGUUCCAAGAGCCUGGCUCCAGAAGCCAAACCUACAAAAACAACUGAAGAUUAUGACCCACCAUACAAAAAGUUUGCUACCGAUUUUGCAGGAACUACCGAUAGACGGGUGGGGCUCGACAAGUCGUUCAAAAGUGGAGAGAAGAUAUGUGUAAAGCUUGACAGCGAAUAUUUGGAGAAGGCUGGGAAACUAGCAAAGAUACUCAACAUACAGGAUGCAACAAAGACUACAGAUAAGAAACCAACUGCGUUCCCAAGCUCAGGUUUCAAAUUCUCCAUCGACAAUGAAGAAGUUACAUCCGCUAUGAAUAAUUUAGAGAAGUCGGAAGAGAGUACGCCAGUUUCUGUCCCCGAUAGUGUUACAGCACCACCAAUAAAGGAGGCGAGUGCUAAUGGAAGUCUGCGCUUUAAGGUCGAUGACAAGAAUUCUGUGCGCGAGAAGCCUUCGAUAGGUCUUUUCUCCACCGCGAAUAGAGCAGGACUUUCUGAUCGCUCUUCGGCAGCUUCCGACACCAAUGGAAAGGUGGAAAGUAGUGCAACUCCAGUACCAACCUUUAGCUUCGGUAGCAAAGGCGAGGAAAGUAGCACACUGGCCGAGCCAAGAACGAAGAGGACACGGGAGAGUGACGAAACUACAAACACAGACGCUGGUGGCUUGACUAGUGGCAAUAAAGAGACAGAGACAGAAAAGCCAAAGCCCUUAUUCAGCUUUGGAUCCAAGGACUCUUCUAGUGAUAAAGGUACUGGCAUUUCCAGUGCUCCAACUUUUUCAUUUGGUAAGCCAACCGCUUCACCUUCACCUUCCGUGGUACCUGAUAGCAAGAAAGAUGGAGCGGUGUCAUCGACGUUCAAUACUGGCACCACACCAUCGUUCUCUUUUGGAACCACUAAAGAGGCAUCGAAAGAUAAAGAAACACCAUCGUUCACUUUUGGAUCUACUAAAGAGAAACCCAAAGAUAGUAUAACACCAUCGUUCACUUUUGGAACUACGAAAGAGGCACCCAAAGAUGAUGAGAAGAAGGAUUCUGAGGAAGCAAAAAAGGCGGCACCGGCAUUUACAUUUGGUGGUCAGAAGAAUGCUGAUCUGGCCGCUAAGAGUGGAACAUCUACACCAUUAGAGCAGAGCAAGAGCAACCUUGAUUUUAGUUUUGGAAACAAAACCAGUUCGGCUACGUUGCUUGGCUCCAACAGCACUGCUCCCGCAAAACCCUCCUUCAAUUUCGGGCAAACUACAGAGCCAGCACCUGCUUUUGGGGCAGCUAAAGACGACAAAAAGGAGACUACGCCAUUCACAUUCGGCGCCCCCUCGGCUACUGCGAAGCCAGCUGGCGGCGAACAACAAAGCAACCCCACAAAACCAUUGUUCUCCUUCGGUGCUAAUAAUGGAACCAACUCAUCUGGUCAGAGUCCAGCACCUCCAUCCACUACAUUUACGUUUGGAGGGAACAAAGACAAUAACACAUCAAAACCAUUCACUUUUGGCUCCACAACCCCAGCUACAGGAUUUGCAGCCUCCAGGACCCUGUCGCCGUCGUUUCCUACACAAAGCGGCGCACCGGCUCAAGGUGCACCUGCAUUUGGCGGGGGUUUUACGUUUGGACAGACGGGACCCCACACUCCAGGUCCCCCAGCCGCGGCGCCAGGAUUAGCAGGUGCAGGAGGUGGACCCGCAAUGGGUGCAGGAGCAAACCCAGCUCCCGCUUUUAGCUUUAGUUUUGGUUCUCGUGAACCAACACCAGACCCUGCAUCAAUAUUUGGAGCAGGUUCGAGUAACACUCGAGAACUGACACCAGCGGCGCCAUUGGGAUUUGCGACCCAAAAUCAGAACCCCAACACCAGCUUCACCCCACCUCCCUUAUCCGGGAACCCGAUGGUGCGAAAUCGAAAAAUUGCCCAAAUGAGGCUGCGAAGGCGGUAG